AUGGCGGGCUACCCAGGCGGUGGUCACAAUGACCACUACGACGAUGGCUACGGUCAUCCCGAUCACCCAAACACAGACUCGUACUACCAAGACGAGCACAACCAGCAGUACUACGACCAAGAUGGAUACGCUGCCAAUGAUGGCUACUACGAUGAAUCUGGCUACUACAACGCCGAUUCCAACAAUCCCUACCAACAGGACGGUGGCUACUAUGACAACAACGAUCAGUACCAGGAUGACUACUACAACAACAACAACAACGGUGGUCAUGGCGGCAACGGCCAGUACUACGACCAGGGCUACCAGGGAAACCGGGGCCAGGGCGAGGACGACUCCGAGACCUUCAGCGACUUCACCAUGAGAUCCGACAUGGCACGCGCUGCUGAGAUGGACUACUAUGGCCGUGGCGAUGAGCGGUACAACAGCUACGGCGAUGGUGCCCGCGGCUUCCGCCCGCCGUCCUCUCAGAUCUCGUACGGCGGCAACCGCUCGUCAGGUGCCUCGACGCCCAACUACGGCAUGGACUUCGGCAACGUCCUUCCUGCUGGCCAGCGCUCGAGAGAGCCUUAUCCGGCCUGGACCUCGGAUGCUCAGAUUCCCCUCUCCAAGGAGGAGAUCGAAGACAUCUUCCUGGACUUGACCGGCAAGUUCGGUUUCCAGCGUGACAGCAUGCGAAACAUGUAUGAUCAUCUGAUGACCUUGUUGGAUUCGAGGGCUUCUCGCAUGACCCCGAACCAGGCUCUGCUCUCGCUCCACGCAGACUAUAUUGGUGGCGACAAUGCCAACUACCGAAAAUGGUACUUUGCUGCCCACCUUGACCUCGAUGACGCCGUCGGCUUCGCCAAUAUGAAGGGCAGGGGCCGCAAGAAGGCCAAGAAGAACAAGAAGAACAAGGACGCCGCCGACGAGAACCAGAUGCUCGAGGAUCUGGAGGGUGACGACAGCUUGGAGGCUGCCGAGUACCGCUGGAAGACCCGCAUGAACCGCAUGUCCCAGCACGACCGUAUUCGCCAGAUUGCCUUGUACCUGCUCUGCUGGGGAGAGGCCAACCAAGUGCGUUUCAUGGCCGAGUGUCUCUGCUUCAUCUUCAAGUGCGCCGAUGACUACCUCAACUCGCCCGCUUGCCAGAACAUGGUGGAGCAAGUCGAAGAGGGCACCUUCCUCAACAACGUCAUUACCCCGAUCUACCAGUACUGUCGUGACCAAGGUUACGAAAUCUCCAACGGAGUUUACGUACGUCGCGAGCGGGACCACAACAAGAUCAUUGGUUACGAUGAUUGCAACCAGCUCUUCUGGUACCCCGAGGGUAUCGAGCGCAUCGUCCUUGAAGACAAGAGCAAGCUGGUUGAUGUCCCUCCCCAGGAACGUUACCUGAAGCUCAAGGACGUCAACUGGAAGAAGUGUUUCUUUAAGACAUACAAGGAGACGCGAUCGUGGUUCCACAUGCUUGUUAAUUUCAACCGCAUCUGGGUUAUCCACUUGACCAUGUUCUGGUUCUACACGUCUCACAACGCACCUUCUCUCCUCUUGGGCAGCAAAUACGAGCAGCAGGUUAACAAUCAACCGCCAGCCUCUGCUCAGUGGUCCAUCGUCGGCGCCGGUGGCGCCAUUGCUGCUCUGAUCCAGGUCCUGGCCACGCUUGCUGAGUGGGCUUAUGUCCCCCGAAAAUGGGCGGGAGCGCAACAUCUCACUAAGCGUCUGUUGUUCCUCAUCGCCAUCUUCAUCAUCAACAUCGGUCCCAGCGUCUACGUAUUUGGCGUUAAGGGUGCCCAGGAUACACAGGUUGGGUUGAUUCUGGGUAUUGUCCAGUUCUUCAUCGCUCUGGUGACCUUCAUCUUCUUCUCCGUCAUGCCCUUGGGUGGCUUGUUCGGCAGCUACCUGGCCAAGAAAAACUCCCGCCAGUAUGUCGCCAGUCAGACCUUUACUGCUAGCUGGCCACGUCUUCAUGGUAACGAUAUUGCCAUGUCCUAUGGUCUAUGGGCCACCGUCUUUGGUGCCAAGUUUGGAGAAUCCUACGUCUACCUGACAUUGUCGGUUCGUGACCCGAUUCGAUACCUAUCGAUCAUGAACGUGGACAGCUGCGUGGGUGACGCGAUUUUGGGCAGUAUUCUGUGCAAGAAGCAGCCGACUGUUACCCUCAUCCUGAUGAUUUUCACGGAUUUGAUCUUCUUCUUCUUGGAUACCUACCUUUGGUACGUUAUCCUCAACACUGUCUGCUCCAUCGCGCGGUCCUUCUACCUUGGUUCGUCUAUCUGGACACCCUGGCGAAACAUCUUCUCUCGUCUGCCAAAGCGUAUCUACUCCAAGAUCUUGGCAACGACGGACAUGGAGAUCAAGUACAAGCCAAAGGUGUUGAUCUCUCAGAUCUGGAACGCCAUUGUGAUCUCCAUGUAUCGCGAGCAUCUUCUUGCUAUCGACCACGUCCAGAAGCUUUUGUACCACCAGGUCCCUUCGGAGCAAGAAGGCAAGCGAACUCUUAGAGCACCGACCUUCUUCGUUUCCCAGGAAGAUCACUCAUUCAAGACUGAGUUCUUCCCAAGCCAAAGCGAAGCUGAGCGUCGUAUUUCUUUCUUCGCUCAAUCACUCUCGACACCUAUUCCCGAGCCUCUCCCGGUCGACAACAUGCCGACUUUCACCGUCUUGAUCCCCCACUACAGCGAAAAGAUUCUCUUGUCUCUCAGGGAGAUCAUUCGUGAGGAUGAGCCCUACUCGCGUGUUACUAUGCUGGAGUACCUCAAGCAACUCCACCCUCACGAGUGGGAUUGCUUCGUUAAGGAUACCAAGAUCUUGGCCGAUGAGACGUCACAAUUCAAUGGUGACGAGGAGAAGACCGAGAAGGAUACUGCGAAGAGUAAGAUCGACGACCUGCCGUUCUACUGCAUUGGUUUCAAGUCUUCGGCCCCCGAGUACACUCUUCGCACUCGUAUCUGGGCUUCCCUGCGAUCCCAGACUCUGUACCGUACUGUCUCUGGUUUCAUGAACUACAGCCGUGCCAUCAAGCUGCUAUACCGCGUUGAGAACCCCGAGGUUGUCCAGAUGUUCGGUGGUAACUCCGACAAGCUCGAGCGUGAGCUCGAGAGAAUGGCCCGCCGCAAGUUCAAGCUUGUCGUUUCCAUGCAGCGAUAUGCCAAGUUCAAGAAGGAGGAAAUGGAGAAUGCAGAGUUCUUACUCCGUGCCUACCCCGACCUUCAAAUUGCUUACCUGGAUGAGGAGCCUCCGGUCGUCGAGGGCGACGAGCCUCGCAUUUACUCUGCUCUGGUUGAUGGUCACUCUGAGAUCAUGGAGAACGGCAUGCGUCGACCCAAGUUCAGAAUUCAGCUCUCUGGUAACCCCGUUCUUGGUGACGGCAAAUCCGAUAACCAGAACCACGCCAUCAUCUUCUACCGUGGAGAGUAUAUCCAGCUCAUUGAUGCCAACCAGGACAACUAUCUCGAGGAGUGUCUCAAGAUCCGCUCGGUUCUUGCCGAGUUCGAGGAAAUGAAGACCGACAACGUCUCUCCAUACACUCCGGGUGUCAAGAAUGAGUCGCAAGCCCCCGUUGCCAUUUUGGGUGCCCGCGAGUACAUUUUCUCCGAGAACAUUGGUAUCCUUGGUGACAUUGCUGCUGGAAAGGAACAGACAUUUGGUACUCUCUUCGCCAGAACACUGGCCCAGAUUGGUGGCAAGCUCCACUAUGGUCACCCUGAUUUCUUGAACGGUAUUUUCAUGACUACUCGUGGCGGUGUCUCCAAGGCCCAGAAAGGUCUGCAUCUUAACGAGGAUAUCUACGCUGGUAUGAACGCGAUACUGCGUGGUGGACGUAUCAAGCACUGCGAGUACUACCAGUGUGGCAAGGGUCGUGACUUGGGUUUCGGCUCCAUUCUGAACUUCACCACCAAGAUCGGAACUGGUAUGGGCGAGCAAAUGCUGUCUCGUGAAUACUACUACCUCGGUACCCAGCUACCCCUCGACCGAUUCCUGUCGUUCUACUACGCCCAUCCCGGUUUCCACUUGAACAACAUGUUCAUCAUGCUGUCUGUCCAGGUCUUCCUCAUCACCCUGCUCAGCUUCGGUGUCUUGCGAGACCAGACGAUUGCCUGCAACUACAACCGAAACGUACCCAUUACCGACCCUCUGUUCCCUACUGGUUGCUCGAACACCGACGCCCUGAUGGACUGGGUUUACCGCAGUGUCAUCUCGAUUCUUUUCGUGUUCUUCUUGUCCUACAUUCCUCUCUGCGUUCAAGAGCUCACGGAACGUGGUGUGCUACGUAUGGCAACUCGUCUGGCGAAGCAGUUCUGCUCCUUGUCGCCCUUCUUCGAGGUCUUUGUUUGUCAGAUUUACGCCAACUCGGUGCAGGAGGAUCUUUCCUUCGGUGGUGCCCGUUACAUUGGUACAGGACGUGGUUUCGCGACUGCGCGCAUUCCUUUCGGUGUCUUGUAUUCGCGAUUCGCCGGUCCUUCGAUCUACUUUGGCGCUCGAUGCUUCAUGAUGCUGCUGUUCGCGACCCUGACCAUCUGGCAGUCGGCCUUGACCUACUUCUACAUUACUGUUCCUGCCCUGCUUGUCUCGCCCUUCUUGUACAACCCCCACCAGUUCUCGUGGAACGACUUCUUCAUCGACUACCGCGACUUCCUGCGCUGGUUGUCUCGCGGCAACUCUCGAUCACACGCAUCGUCAUGGAUCGCUUUCUCUCGCCUCUCUCGUACGAGAAUCACGGGUUACAAGCGCAAGGCUCUCGGCGACCCCUCGGGCAAGCUCUCGGCCGAUGUUCCCCGUGCAGCAUUCACCAACGUAUUCUUCGGAGAGGUUAUUGCCCCUCUGAUAUACGUUGCCGCAACGCUGAUUCCGUACCUGUUCAUCAACGCGCAGACUGGCGUUGAGAAGGCCAAGGCGACCAAUGCCCUGAUCCGUGUCGGUAUUGUUGCGUUCGCGCCCAUUGCUAUCAACGCUGGAACCCUGGGUGCAAUGUUCGGCAUGGCCUGCUGUAUGGGCCCUCUCCUGAGCAUGUGCUGCAAGAAGUUCGGAAGUGUGCUGGCGGCGAUCGCCCACGCCAUUGCCGUCAUCAUGUUGAUCGUGUUCUUCGAGGUCAUGUUCUUCCUUGAAGGUUUCGACUUCACCAAGACCCUCCUCGGUAUGAUCGCGGUCAUGGCCGCACAGCGAUUCAUUCUCAAGGUGAUCAUCUCUCUGGCACUCACGCGUGAGUUCAAGACGGAUCAAUCCAACAUCGCGUUCUGGACGGGCAAGUGGUAUUCUAUGGGUUGGCACUCGAUUUCCCAGCCUGCGCGUGAAUUCCUCUGCAAGAUCACCGAGCUGAGCUUGUUCGCCGCCGACUUUGCCCUUGGCCACAUUCUCCUCUUCCUGAUGCUUCCCGUCAUCCUGAUCCCCCAGAUCGACAAGCUCCACUCCAUGAUGCUCUUCUGGCUGCGUCCUAGCCGACAAAUCCGCCCGCCCAUCUACUCUCUGAAGCAGUCCAAGCUUCGCAGAAGAAGGGUGAUCCGUUUUGCCAUCCUCUACUUUGCCAUGGUAGUCCUGUUUGUGGCUCUGAUUGCGGGUCCCAUCGUGGCUGGCAAGAACAUCCCGAAGUCGUUGACCAACUUGGUCCCCAUGAACCUGCUGCAGCCUACGGGCCAGGACAAUGACAACACCCGCAACGAGACGCAGACUGGAACGGGCAACCCGUCGUACUCGGGCGUCGCCACGACCACCAAGGCGGCCAAGGCGUCGUCCACCAAGCUGAAGUUCCUGUAG